AUGCACUCGCAUUCUAAAAAUAGACUCCCCCACCAGCAUGCUUCACUUGACGAUAAUAACUUUUCAUAUCAUCGGCGUUCGAAAUCCAGCUCGGGAACGGGCAUGAGAGAUACCGGAGACAUGACGUCUGGACCUCGACAAAUUGUUCUCCACACAACGUGUCCCUCCCUGCCGUUUUCCCCAGUUCCUUCCGGUGGUUAUGAUUGAGGGAUACGAUUCAGGAGAGAUAAUUUCACUUUCCCCCAGGUCCGUCCGGGAGGGACCCAAGGUUCCCCAGAUUCGUCUAUAAGAGGUGUGGUGGGAGCCGUAUAUAGUAACGCGGCAAGUAGGAGGGGACGGGAGUAUCGAGCUUGGAUCCCGCGCGUGCGCUUAUUUCGUCUCCAUCACGGACAUAACACCUAUCACGUCUUAUCGGUCCCGCGUCA